ACAUCAUAAAUAUGAUUCAAAACAUAUUACACGGUUAAUAAGAAGAUAGUUUUGAUUGAGUGGGGAAAUGUUUUUGAGAUACACCAGUGGGUGGCCGUUUUAAAUUGUGACAAACUUUGGCUUCUCGCACAUAUUACACAGCACACAGAGACCAUGAGCUGUCUGGAGAAAAACUGCACACAGCCUCAUGUAGUGAAAGAGGAGGUUACAGCAACUGGAAAGUGGCUCAGGCUUGAGAAGACCACGUACGUUGAUCCGUCUGGUAACACCAGAUUGUGGGAGACGGUGAAGAGAACAACCAGACCAGCGACCACCGCUGUAGACGGUGUGGGGAUCAUCGCCAUCCUGAAGAGAACUCUGCAUAAGGACUGUGUGGUGUUGGUGAAACAGUUCAGGCCUCCGAUGGGAUGCUACACUCUGGAGUUCCCUGCAGGUCUGAUUGACAAUAAUGAGAAUGCCGAGACGGCUGCACUGAGGGAGCUGAAGGAGGAGACGGGCUACAAGGGAGAGGUGAUAGGAGUCACUCCAGUCACCUGUCUCGAUCCUGGUCUGUCUAACUGCAGCACACACAUCGUCAUGGUCAACAUUAAUGGGGACGAUCUUGAAAAUAUCAACCCCACGCAGCAGCUCGGCGACGGAGAAUUUGUCGACGUGAUUCUUCUACCUUUAGAUGAAUUUCAGAAGAAAAUAGAUGAGUUACUGAAGAAGGAGAAACUUGUGGUGGAUUCCAAAGUGUAUAUUUACUCCAUGGGAAUGUCCCAAGCUUUCUUUAAACCCAACGAGCUCCCGGUGCUCAAACAGUGAGGCACGAAACGAGACGCACAAAUCCUCCUCGGCUGGGAAAACGCUCUGAGCGCUUUACGUCAGCCGCUGAGAGGAUUUUAACAGACCUGUGAGGUUUAUCACUUUAGUUGAACAUUCCUAACACUAACAGCACUGACUGCACUGUUAGAAAGUAAUAAAGCUUAUUAAUAACAAUGAGAAAAUUCAUUAAAGACCAAAUAAUGCUGAAACCACCACCCGACCAGAAAAAAGACCAGAAAACUGAUUCGUUAUCCUCUGAGAUACUGUCAUUGACUGCUGAGUUCUCUGUGUUGAGUUCAAAAGCAGCUGCGUGUGAGUUGUAUUAACUUUUAUCUAAUAAACCUUCUGUUAACACAUG